AAAGCGGAGCGUCAGAGUCCCAAUUCGCAGAAGCCUUCCGUCACCAGCUCGCCUGCAGCCUUUGAUACCAUAUUCCAAGACUUUACCUCAUCUCCCAUCUCAAUCUGUCAAGAACACCAUCUAGACGCAGAGCUACCAUAUAUUCACUAGAAGCAACACGCUUUUUGUCUAUUAAAUGGAACGGCGUUUACUUUUAAAUAGUACGGAGAAGUAUUUGCGAAUAGCAUCCAUCUCCGUUGCAUUUUACGACUAUAUUAUCACUCUCCCCGCAGAGUGGCGGUUUUACCGAAAACAGUCGUCAAAUGUUCAUAUCAGUCUUUCCUGCGCCUUAUUCAUUCUCAUACGCUAUGUUAGUGUCUUGACCAUGACAUUCAGCAAUUACGGAUAUUUCUCCACUGCCUUUACCCAACAAGCGUGUCAACAAUACUAUCUUCUGGCGCCUAUCUUCAAAAUCUUACAAACUAUGGUAUCACAGGUCAUCCUAGGUGUUAGGACAUUCAAUAUUGCAAGGAGAAAUAGGCGGAUAGGAAUCGCGCUGUUGCUGCUAUACCUCUUUUCGGUUUCGCUAGAGUGGUUCACUGAUAUAUUUCACCGCACCCCUGUUGUUGUUGAAGGAAACUGCACCCCAGCAAAUAUUGGGAAAGUAUUGACAACCUGGUUCUACUACCUCGCUGUGAUGUCGUAUGAUCUCGUGAUGUUGACGAUUUCUAUCACGCAUCUUCUGCGUUAUAAUCCUCUUAGCAGCAGAGUGGAACGGCUGGUACGGGUCUUGAUCUAUGACGGCAUUGGAUAUUUCAUCGCGCUGUCCGCGGUAAACGUGUUGAACCUCAUCCUUUAUCAUACGACCGAUUUCGAGACUCAGUCGGCAGGGGCAUCAAUAGCUUAUGCUGUCACGUGGAUCAUGAGCCAACGGAUUCUUAUCCAUGUAGGAGAAAUGGCAGAGUCAGACGGCCAUCACUUGGAAAACGUGGUCGUCGCGCGUCCUGCGCGGAAAGUGAUGUCCGGUCUCCGCUCGCAAUUCGGGUCUAAAAGUCACUCCAAAAGUUCCAGAAGCCCCAUUGAUGCAGAGUUCAUGUCCACAUCGCCUCGCAAUGGGCAUCGCAACGAUAUGGAACUCGGUAUACGCGUAUGCGUCGAGCGCUCGGUGAUGGUAGACUACGGUGAUGAACCUGAGCAUUCGGAUUCGUGGGGGAAACCGACGGUAACAUGAAUCCGAGGCUCCGGCAAUAGUGUGUAACAGGCAGAGCAAAGACUACUUAUACCAUCUACGUUGCUAUCAACGUAUAUCUUUUAUACUAUACCAUACUAUUCCCUUCUACAUUUUUUCCAUCCAAAAAACUUCAUCUCCUUUGAUUGAUUAAGAUAGGAUAUAUACC